CUGAAAUACUCAAAACAGCCCAUCUUGUACCAACAACCAUGACAAGUCACAGAGAUCACAUUUUUUGUUGUUGUCGAUGUUUGAGCUUUACAUUUACAUUUAUUCAUUUAGCAGAUGCUUUUAUCCAAAGUGACUUACAAAUGAGGAAAUACAAUCGAAGCGAUGUAUCAAGCAGAGAAUAAUACAAGUAGUGCUACAAUGCAAGAUUUAUAAUUGAGUUCUAGAGAAGCAAAGUCCGCAGACUAGAAGUGUAAGAGCUAGAAUACGUUUUUAAAAAUGUAUUUAUUUAUUUAUUUAUUUAUUUAUUUAAAAUCUUAACAUUAACUGAUUUCUUGACCAGUAUCUGUAUGAUUUUAUGCAUUUCGCUGCUGACACAUGAUUGGCUGAUUGGAUAACUGCAUAAAUGAGCAGAUCUACAGGUGUUCCUAAUAAAGUGAAUGGUUAGUGCAUUUUAGCAUUCUGAAUACAACUAAAUGCAGUAUCUGAUUAACAACUGUUAAAACCCAGCUUGUAAUAAGUAUUACAUGUAAUAAAGAAGCUAGACAUAAGCCUCAAAUCUGGAUAGCCCUUUUGAAUUUGUGACAUGCAGUGUAUAAAUAGAAAGUGGUCUAGAUUGAAAAGCACCCUGUAGCUGACCUCUUUUUUCCCUGCAAGUGGAAAGUGUAAGCUCUGUAAACAUGGAAUUGCACAUGGGGCAUUCCAAUUUCACUAUUUCACCUGUAGAGACUACAUUCCGAGAAUGACAGUGGGACUAGGAGAAUAUUAAUUAAAUCUAUCAUAUUAGCUUGGCUCUGGACACAUCAAUGCAUGCAGGGGAAUAUUGACACAUGUUACAUUAACAGGAAGGAUUUACAAUUACUAUUUAUAAGAGGAACAAAGAGUGUUGUAGGACAAAAGAGUCCUGAGCAUUAAGGAUGGACAAAGAACACAGGAAUGAUGUGGUUACAUAAUAUAUGUAAAUCUAAAAGGGACUACUUCAAAGUAAAAUUUAAAAAACACCUUGUGACAGACACAAUAAAUACAGAAAACUAAGAUAAUUUAAAUGUCUGUCUGUGAGUCCACUUGACAGAUUGUUGACGUAAUUUGUGUAUUCUCUAGUAGGAAGGAUGGGAGGGGCAUUGCAGGUAUUGCUAUAUAAAUAUGACCAGCAGAGGAGUGGAGUUCAGCUGCCUUUUUCAUUGCCGUGCAAGACCAUAGACCAUCAGAGCAUUUGUCUGUUUUAUUUUAUUUCUUUAUUUAGUUACUGUUUCAAAUUACACAAUGGAGCUUUUUAAACUUUCCAUUCUGGCCUUUGCUCUAUAUGUACAGCUGCACAUUGGUACGUCAAGUUUCAGUGAGGACAUGGAUAUCUGGUCCCAGGAGAACUGGCAGGGUGAUCCAGCAGAAAUUGGCUUCACUCUGUACUUUGACGACCUCCUGAAGCGUUCAAAGUCACAGCAGUUUCAUGGUUUAAUGGGCCGUAGCUUAGGAAACAAUGGAGAGAUGUUUGUUGGACUGAUGGGCAAGCGAUCUUCAAAGGGUGAUUUUGAAGAGGUUCCAGAGAAGCCACAGUAAUGCUAAUUAUCCCCCCCCCCCCCAAAAAAAAA